CCAUUCCUUGGGGAGCUGCUGAGAACCAGGAGGUGCUCCUGAGGGCUGGAAAGCGCUCUGAAAUUAAUCCGGAAUUUAAGGAUCAAAUCUGCCCUCACCCCAUUUUAUCGGUGGGGAAAUCUGAGGCCCAGAGAAGGGAGAGAAGCCUGGGCCAGGGCUUUCUCCUUGUAGGUGGGAGUGCAGGUGCGAGCUCUUGGGGGCACAGUCCUUGCGGGAGCUGGGGCCAAAGUCGGAGGAUUAACUGCGCUGGCUAGGGGAUCGACCCUGCGCUGGGAGGACUCUCACUGCCUCAGUUUCCCUAGCGCUAGCUCUGGUGGGGAAUGGGGCACUGGGCAAACGCGCGCCUGCUUAGACGCAAUUCGUCUGCCUUUUAGAAGCCCCGCGCCUCCCCAAGUCUGAUGGACUCUCCUUUUCCUAAAGGAUGUGCUACCUCCCAGCCUUCUAAAAUCCUGUCCUCGCGUUCGAGCCUCUCGGUGUUCUACUGGGAAGACUCAGGGCUCUUACUCCAGUCUCCAGAAUGAACUGUUCAGACUGCCUCCGAGCUUUCCCAGAGCAUUAACUGCGCAGGCGCAAGGGCUGCCAACCCGGAAAACGGAAGAAUUGGGCACAGACUCCGACGGCGUAUGGGGGUCGGGGGCGGAGAGUGUGUUAGCCAAUGACUUGAAGGAGUACGUGGGGCGGGUUUAGGCCCGCAGUUGCUAAGCGCUGCUGGAGUAGGAGGUGUUUAGAGAUGGGGUGAAGGGUGAUUCACAGGCUCUUCAAGUCACCAUCCUUUCGGUCUGCGGAAAUUAAGCAACCAAGAGGCGGGCCUAGGACCGGAAGCAGGAAGGAGGGCGCAGGAAGCAGGGCGCCGCAGCCACUCGUACUGUCGGUCCGUGGGUCUGUGGCUGCUGAGGGCAGGAUGGACAAGCUGCGGCUCCUGUGCCUCCGCUACCAGGAGUACGUGACUCGUCACCCGGCUGCCACGGCCCAGCUGGAGACAGCAGUGCGGGGCCUCAGUUACCUGCUGGCAGGUCGAUUCGCGGAUUCACACGAGCUGUCAGAGCUGGUGUACUCUGCCUCUAACCUGCUUGUGCUUCUCAAUGACGGGAUCCUACGAAAGGAGUUUCGGAAAAAGUUGCCUGUGUCGCUGUCCCAGCAGAAGCUGCUGACAUGGCUGAGUGUGCUGGAGUGUGUGGAGGUGUUCAUGGAGAUGGGGGCCGCCAAAGUGUGGGGCGAGGUGGGCCGCUGGCUUGUCAUCGCCCUCAUCCAGCUGGCCAAGGCUGUACUGCGGAUGUUCCUGUUGAUCUGGUUUAAGGCUGGCCUCCAGACCUCACCCCCCAUCGUUCCACUGGACAGAGAGACCCAGACACAGCCCCCAGAUGGUGACAACAGCCCUGGCAGCCAGGAACAGUCAUAUGUGGGGAAGCGGUCAAACCGAGUGGUGCGAACCCUCCAGAACACUCCAUCCCUGCCCUCCAGGCACUGGGGAGCUCCCCAGCAGCGGGAGGGCCGGCCACAACUGCAGCAACGCCAUGAGGAGAUGAGCCUCACGCCCACCCCACUUGGGCUGCAGGAGACCAUUGCAGAGUCCUUGUAUAUUGCACGGCCGCUGCUGCACUUGCUCAGCCUGGGCCUGUGGGGUCAGCGGUCGUGGAAACCCUGGCUCCUGUCUGGUGUUGUGGACGUAACCAGCCUGAGCCUCCUGAGUGACAGGAAGGGCCUGACCCAGAGGGAGCGGCUGGAGCUCCGGCGCCGGACCAUUCUGUUGCUCUACUAUCUACUGCGCUCCCCAUUCUACGACCGUUUCUCUGAGGCCAGGAUCCUCUUCCUGCUACAGCUGUUGGCUGACCAUGUCCCUGGCAUUGGCCUGGUGGCGAGGCCGCUCAUGGAUUACUUGCCCACCUGGCAGAAAAUUUAUUUCUACAGUUGGGGCUGAUAGACAUGCCGGGAGUCGGGCAUGGGGCAGGGCAGCAUGCUGUGCUGUGCUGGGCAGUGGGUGCCUCAGCCUGUCAGUCCCCUGGGCCCCUCUUCCCUAAUAAAACUGACUUUGGCAGUGUCCCAGCAUAUGGCCUCUUUGUGACCACUGUCCAGGAUGCCUGCUAACUAUCCCCCACCUCCACCACAGGCUCCUCACACAGCCUGGGAAUGCACCGUGUUUAGUUGGUGGUCAGUGGUUUCUAGCUGCCUCAUUUGCAGGGACCCCCAACUCAUACCCUCUAUUACCCUAUUGACUGUGCACCCUCCUGUGGUGGAGCCAUGGUAGCUCGAACCUUGUCACUGGACCCAGAGUGUCCACCUGGGAUCCAGGCUCCUCUGGCCACAGGAAGCUGCAACUUAACUCUUGGAGCAUGGGGUGCUGCUGGCAGCCACGGAGCAAACUUUCCUGCUUACUCACCAGCCCCAGCA